UUUCCUUUUUUUUAUUGGUUAGGUGGGUGGACGAGCUCACAGCCCACCUGGUGUUAAGUGGUUACUGGAACCUAUAGACAUCAAAACGCAAAUGCGCCACCCACCUUGAGAUAUAAGUUCUAAGGUCUCAGUAUAGUUACAACGGCUGCCCUACCCUUCAAACCGAAAUGCAUUACAGCUUCAAGGCAGAAAUAGGCGGGGUGGUGGUACCUACCCAUGCGGACUCACAAGAUGUCCUACCACCAAAUUUAAAGUAAUUUUUAUUUAUUUAUAUGAGGUAGCUCGAUUACCCAAGCCUGGCCAGAGAUUCGUGAGCUUCCCCAUCAUUGGAUCCAGGUCCUCACAAUACACAUCAGCAGUAAUCCAGGUGCCAUUGGGUAAAAAGCUGUAAUAAAUUAUAUUGGUACUAGAUCACCAAACAGUGACAAGGAAUCAAGGUCUAACUAACAUGACAACCGCUUUCGAUCUAAAAGAAUCUAGUUUUCAUCGCAAGUGACAAUGCGAUACAAAAUUCCUUCGUUUCGUUUCUAUGCCUGGCGAAGUAAUGUGCUUCUUAAUGCGUUCGUCGCGCUGGAGAUCGUUUAGCUCGUACGGAACCCAUAUCAAACUAUUGCCUUAAAAAUUGACAAAUUGUGUUUUGAUGCUAGUUUUAAAAGCUGCUGCUAACUCAGCUAUAGUUUGAGCUGAACGUUAGCUUCACCUUUAACUUCCUUAACUUCUUGAAAUUUUCAUGUCAGAGCGGUCGAACGCUUUAUUCAUAUAAAGCAGCCUUUCUCAAAGUGGGAGAUAACGCCCCCUUGUGGGCGCUGCAGGCCUAAAGGGGGGCGGUACGAGACCCAGAAAAAAUGGGGGCGUUGUGUAGAGGCUUGUGAGGUGAUUUGUAAUUUCAUCUAAGAGAACUCUUAGACACCGACUGAGCUCUCGCUAUAGCAGUUUUUAAGUAGGUGAAAAAAUCGGGGCACUACAAAAUAAUUUAUUCUCAAAGUGGGCAGUAGAUGAAAUAAGUUUGGGAGCCCCUGAUUUAUAGUGUUCACUCCGUACAUGUUGUAAUGUUGCGACCCAUUUGUGCAGCAUUGUUGCCACGAGUCACGACGGAACUUGUAUUUAAUUUUUAUAAUUAGGUACUCGUAUUUGUAUCGUGUCCAUAUUGAUGAAAAAGCUAAAAAUAUAGUAAAAACCAAAACACUAGUAAUUAAAAAACAACAAGUUUAAUUUGAAAAAGUAAUCCAAAUUUACUAAAAAAAAAAAAAUUGUAUUCCGUUGAAUUUAGAAUUUAUUGUCAUCCAUAUUAAUUGUGGCUUAAAUGGUCAGUAUUGUAAGAUGUCUCUAACAUGGGUAAAAUCCUAUUAUUUAAUUACAACAAGCUAAUUGUACUGUAUUGAAUGAAAACCACAACGUCGCUUUGAAGAUUAUAAUGUGAAUUUGAGGAAAAAUUUGGUGAAUUCACAUUCAAAAAGUAACUGUAAUAACUUGCCCACAUUACAACCUUCAUAGCGAUAAUUUUGUUAUUAAUAUAAUCCUUCAUGAUUUACUCUCUAGUCAGUUUUAAUAAACUUGACGAGAAUGUCAAAAAAUUAAAACUUUGAUAGCACGAGCACGUGCGAUUCAGAGUCAAUGUCUAACCCCACAGAUAAAAAAGAAAUAAACUAAUCAACUAUAUAAACUUCCUGUACAUUUGUUUGUAAUUAAAGAAAAUGCAUUACCACAUCAAUUAAAACCCUAUUAAAUUUUGCUACAGUUGAAGCAUGUUCAGACAUCCGUUUAUUCGGAUGCUUUGUUCAAAAGGAUUGAAUUUAUCACAUUUGACAGGUUCUCUUUGGCUUGGCAUUGGCUUGUUUUAACUGUUGCCUCUAACAUCUCUAAAAUGAGUGCCAACAAUGUUAAACCAUUCACCGUGUUCGUGGAAGGUAACAUAGGUAGCGGUAAAACAACAUUUCUGGAACAUUUUCGUCAGUUUGAGGAUAUCACUUUGUUGACGGAGCCCGUUGAAAUGUGGCGAGAUCUUAAAGGUUGCAAUCUUUUGGAACUCAUGUACAAAGAUCCGGAAAAAUGGGCGAUGACAUUCCAGUCAUACGUUUCCUUGACGAUGUUGGACAUGCACCGGAGACCUGCUCCAACUCCAGUAAAGCUAAUGGAGCGAUCAUUAUUCAGUGCGAGAUACUGCUUCGUUGAACACAUGAUGAGAAAUAAUACACUCCAUCCAGCACAGUUUGCAGUUCUUGAUGAGUGGUUCCGAUUCAUCCAACACAACAUUCCCAUUGAUGCUGAUUUGAUAGUAUAUCUAAAGACAUCACCUUCAAUAGUGUACCAAAGAAUCAAAAAGAGAGCUCGUUCAGAAGAGCAGUGUGUGCCCCUGUCAUACAUUGAGGAACUGCAUAGGUUGCAUGAGGACUGGCUAAUCAACAGGAUACAUGCUGAAUGUCCCGCACCAGUAUUAGUGUUAGAUGCUGAUUUAGACCUCUCUCAGAUAACCGAUGAAUACAAGAGAAGUGAGCAUCAAAUUUUAAGAAAGGCUGUUAAUGUAGUUAUGAGUUCACCAAACAAGCAUAGCCCAAAGAAACCAAUAUCAACAACACCAAUCAAGAUCACACCUCACAUGAGGAUCUUAUAAUAUAUUCAUUAUUAUUAUUAAUUCAAUCUGACUUUAUACAUAGUUUAGUAAUAAUAUUAAUAGUUUCAUCUCUAAUUAUAUUUCUCAUCACAUAUUUAAUUGUGAAGUUACCUUAAAACCACUUGCACUGAAGAAAUCUUAUUAUUUUUUGUAUCAUUAUGAAGACAUUGUUAAUGGCCAGCAUGAUCAGAUUACGCAUACAUAGUAAUUAUGUAUUGAUUACAUAAUGAAUGCACAUUCUUAUUUUUGAUCCACACUCAAGAUAAAAGUAAUCUUUGAAACUGUAAAUUCAAAGAAACCAUGCGAAUAUUAAAUUGUAUAAUAUUCUAAACUAGUAGAUUAUAAAAAUAAAAUUAUGACCAUUAGAAUGUAUUCAAAUUACGGUUGAUACUUGAAAAGUUUUACCUUGUAAAGGACAACUGGAAAUUGAAAGUAAAGGACUUAGAUCUUAAUUAGUAGUAUAAAAUUAAUCACAAAUUCUUUUAAUAUUUUAAUUUCAAAAUAUUUAUUUAUGAAUGGUACUGAUGUUAUUGUGCAUGGUUUGCAUUUAAUUUAUGAUAAGUAGUGUAUAUUUAUAUUUAAAACGAUUUAUAGUAUUAUUGACUUGGAUUAAUUUUAUUUUAAAUAAACUUUUGACAUUAA